CGCAGAGCCCUCUCGCGGCCGCGGCUGCUGCAGCGCCAGCCUCAGCUGCAGUCAGGCCGCCGCCGCCGCCACCGCCUUGCGCUCCCGUCGCCCGGCUCGACAUGAGUGAGGCGGGUCGGGAGCCCUCGCCCGCCGCGCCGCCGGCGGUGGCGGCGGCCGCCCCUGAAGAGAGGAAGCCGAAGGAGCCGGAGCGUGAGAAGCUGCCGCCCAUCGUGUCCGCCAGCGCCGGCGCGACGGCGGGUUUGGACAAAGGAGCCAAAGGGCAGAUUUCCACUUUGAGCAGUGUUGUUUCAUCUGUUAGCCAGAAGAAGGAAGCUGCUGAAAAUAGAAAUUCACCUACACAUCUUGUUUUCCCUAACAUCAAGAACGGUAAUGUGAGAGACCUACCACCAGUUUCCCUUGAUGUUAGACAAAAACAGCGAACUUCUAUAGAUACAUUGUCAUCUGAAAUGAAGGCACCAGUCCUUUCAGAACCUGUCCUUCCUGUUCAGCCCAAAACUAUGAAAGACUUUCAGGAAGAUGUAGAAAAAGUUAAAUCAUCAGGAGACUGGAAAACAGUACAUGAUUUUUAUCUAACAACAUUUGAUUCUUUCCCAGAAUUAAAUACUGUAUUUAAGAAAGAUGUCACUGCCUCAUUUAAUACCAUCGAAGACUCUGGAAUUAAUGCUAAAUUUGUGAAUGCUGUUUAUGAUGCUUUGCUAAAUACUCCUCAAGACAUUCAAAAAACAGUAUUAAAGGGAAUCAUUAACAGCCUGUUACGGGAAUGGAAAGGCCCACGAACAAAAGAUGAUCUUAGAGCGUAUUUUAUACUUUUACAGAAUCCUCAAUUUAAUAACACAUCGACAUAUGUCAUCUAUGCUCACUUGCUACGACAGAUAGCUACCUUAGUGGAAGCUGACCACCAUUUCCUAGUUCACUGGUUGAAAAAAUUAUCCCAGAAGAGUUUCAAGCAAUUGGUAGAGAGAUUGCUGCAAUUUAUUUCUUUACGUCUGUUUCCUGCAAAGCCUGAAGAAUUUCCACCUAUAACAAAAUGUUCCUGGUGGAUUCCAUCAGCAUCUAAAGUGUUGGCUCUACUUAAUACUGCAAACAAUUUGGUUCACCCUCCCCUUAUUCCUUAUACUGAUUUCUAUAAUUCUACAUUGGAUCACAUUGACCUUAUGGAAGAAUAUCAUACAUGGCAGAGCUUUGGAAACUCUCACAGGUUUUCCUUCUGUCAGUAUCCAUUCGUUAUUUCUAUAGCUGCAAAAAAAAUCAUUAUUCAGAGAGACUCAGAACAACAGAUGAUAAGCAUCGCAAGGCAAAGUCUGGUGGAUAAAGUAUCUCGAAGACAGAGACCUGAUAUGAAUAUGUUAUUUCUAAAUAUGAAAGUAAGGCGGACACAUCUGGUUAGCGAUUCACUUGAUGAGUUAACCCGGAAAAGAGCAGAUUUGAAAAAGAAGUUGAAAGUUACAUUUGUUGGGGAAGCUGGUUUGGAUAUGGGUGGCUUGACUAAAGAAUGGUUCCUUCUUCUAAUUCGCCAAAUUUUUCAUCCAGAUUAUGGCAUGUUUGCAUAUCAUAAGGAUUCACACUGCCACUGGUUUAGCAGCUUUAAGUGUGAUAACUAUUCUGAAUUCCGAUUGGUUGGAAUUCUUAUGGGACUAGCUGUUUAUAACAGCAUCACCUUGGAUAUUCGUUUCCCUCCCUGCUGUUACAAGAAAUUGUUGAGCCCUCCCAUCGUUCCCAGUGAUCAAAAUACACCAGUAGGCAUCUGCAGUGUUACCAUUGAUGACUUAUGUCAAAUUAUGCCUGAAUUGGCCCAUGGAUUAAGUGAGCUCUUAUCAUAUGAAGGCAAUGUUGAAGAAGAUUUCUAUUCAACAUUCCAGGUUUUUCAAGAAGAAUUUGGAAUAAUUAAGUCUUAUAAUUUAAAACCGGGAGGUGAUAAAAUUCCAGUUACCAAUCAAAAUAGGAAAGAAUAUGUACAACUUUAUACUGACUUCCUUCUCAACAAAUCCAUCUAUAAGCAGUUUGCUGCAUUUUAUUAUGGAUUUCAUAGUGUGUGUGCUUCAAAUGCCCUAAUGCUGCUUCGUCCAGAAGAGGUUGAAAUUCUGGUCUGUGGAAGUCCUGAGCUAGAUAUGCAUGCUCUGCAAAGGAGUACUCAAUAUGAUGGCUAUGCGAAAACAGACCUAACUAUAAGAUACUUUUGGGACGUUGUGCUUGGAUUUCCUCUUGAUCUUCAAAAGAAGUUGCUACAUUUUACUACAGGAAGUGACAGAGUACCUGUAGGAGGCAUGGCUGAUUUGAACUUUAAAAUCUCAAAGAAUGAAACUUCCACUAACUGGUUACCUGUGGCCCACACCUGCUUCAAUCAACUUUGUCUUCCCCCCUACAAGAGCAAAAAAGAUCUGAAACAGAAAUUGAUUAUUGGAAUUUCUAAUUCAGAAGGUUUUGGACUCGAGUAACCUAAAAGACUUGAAAUAUAAUAUUUAUAUGUAGCAUUCACUUCCCUCUUAUUGUGCCUUUAACCUUUUCAUGUUUCUGUCUCUGAACACUUUGAAAAAACUCACCAACUUUAAAAUACUGAGUUUUUUAAAAAAUCAAAUAUGAAGUAUGUUUAGUGAAGGCAUGAUUUUCUAAAAACACAGACAUUUCUUGAGUAAGGAAAAAACAACACAGUAGAGACAGGUGUGGGUCCAGUCGCUCUUUUUUUAAUAGCACUUUAUCAUUUUCCAUACAUAGUUUGUCACAGGCGUUCCACUGGGAAAGCAAAGAACAGUGAAAAUGCAUUUCUGACAUAGUUUGAACCCAGUGGCAGAUUGUGUGCUGUUAGCACACAGUAGCAAAGCAAGUAGCUACAUUAUCUUUACUAUAAGGCAUGUAGCCAUAUUUUUCAUAUAGAGGUAAACAACAGUAUAAUUGCAAAUGCAAUUCACAGGGUUUUUUGAUAUACUGGCUUUGGGUCUUAUAAGAUUCUUUUCCACUGUAGCUGAAAAGCAUGUAAAUAAUUACAUAAUAGCCUGAGAAUAAUGGGAUUUUGAUAGUGCCAUUUAUUGCUAAAGAUUUAUUUUUACAAAGUAAAUUCAGGGUUUUAGAUGUGUAUACAGCUUUUACAAAUCAAUAAAGAUGAUUGUACAAGAGUAUUUUCAGAUUAACUGGAUUCAAGGUUAUAUUCUUUUAAGUAUUAUUAGUCUGCAUGCACAUUGGCAGUAAACUAGUUACUUGAGUACUCUGUAAUAUUUGAUGAUCAUUUCUCCUUAAGGAUCAAGAUAUUAGAAAAAAGUCAGCUCUUCACUAAUCAUUGAUGAAUUAA